GCACUUUGAGAUAUCAGCUGAUGUACGAAGGGCUAUAUAAAUACAUUUGAUUUGAUUUAAUCAGCUUCCAUCAGUCCCUCAACAUUGUCUGCUCUCCUGACCUUAAACACGCCUGCAUAGUGUGUUAAUCAGCUUCCAUCAGUCCCUCAACAUUGUCUGCUCUCCUGACCUUAAACACGCCUGCAUAGUGUGUUAAUCAGCUUCCAUCAGUCCCUCAACAUUGUCUGCUCUCCUGACCUUAAACACGCCUGCAUAGUGUGUUAAUCAGCUUCCAUCAGUCCCUCAACAUUGUCUUCUCUCCUGACCUUAAACAUGCCUGCAUAGUGUGUUAAUCAGCUUCCAUCAGUCCCUCAACAUUGUCUGCUCUCCUGACCUUAAACACGCCUGCAUAGUGUGUUAAUCAGCUUCCAUCAGUCACUCAACAUUGCUUAUUGUUUAUUACUUUUGCUGUAUUGGACCCAACAUUAUGACACUUUAGACAAUGGUUACAUAUUUUCACCAAUGCCAGGUAUCAAGUCCUCUCAAAAAGAUGUUAAUGAAUGUCCUAAUGCUCUACCCAUUGACAUUGUCAGAACAAGCCUCUUAAAAUUGCUCAAAAACAAACUCCUCCAAUUAGCUCUUUCUCGAAAGCCCUGCUUUAUAUUUCACAGGCACGAACAUAAAUGAAUCACGCUGUAUAUUAAACACUUCAGUUUCCCACUUUUCUCUCAACUGGUCUCUGACCUCCCGAAAUGCUUUCUCAUCGUCGUGGGUGAUCAGGCAUACCACCAUCGUGUCAUCAGCAAACUUAAUGAUGGCGUUGGAGUCGUGUGCGGCUAUGCAGUCGUGGUUGAACAGGGAGUACAGGAGGGCACUAGGCACUCGCCCCUAAGGGGCCCAGUGUUGAGGAUCAGCGUGGGGGAUGUGUUGUUGCCUACCCUCACCACUUGGGGGGGGCUGUCAGGAACUCCAGGAUCCAGUUGCAGAAGGAGGUGUUCAGUCCCAGGAUCCUUAGUUUCAGUUAGCUUCACAGUGUAAUUAAAGAAGAGUUAUCUUGCACAUUCAGCAGGCUGUGGUGUUAAAUAGGCUUUUAGAAUAGUUUUUAUUUUAUUACUUAUCGUUAAUGCCGUCUUUGGUGUGCUGAUUAAUGCACAAGCACACUUUUUUUCCCCACUACUAUAAAUAUUUAUUUAGAUUAAGUCAUACAAGUGUUACAUUGCAUGAGGUUUAAAAUACAUUAUCAUUACAUUACUAUUAACACAAAAACAUUUAUUUAAUCAAAUAUUUUUUGUCGUCUUCUUCAAAUGAAUGGGAAGAUGAUGCGAUGACGCUAUCUUAGCAAGAGGAUGGAAAUCUAAUUUCAUUGGUCCUCAACUCGUGGCUCAGUCAUUUCAUUCAGGAGUUAGUGGAGUUAGCAGGGAGUUUAGCCUUCCCUGGAGCAUGUUUCGUUCUGAAGACUUACCUGGCUGAAAGGGGCAUACAUUGUGUUGUACUCACUGCAGAUUCUUGGUACCAACAUGAGAGCUGGCGGCAUCUUGAAGUUGGCUGCAUUGGUUUCUGUCUUUUUCCUGGCAGUUUUCCUUGCCUUCCAGCUGCUGGAAAUUAACAUGGACUUCAAUCUGGGGAAUGUGUUUGGGUCUAUGCCUGUAGAGGAAGGCCCUACCAGACUGGAACACUACAAGUGUGGCCUCUCCAAGCCAUGUCCCGAGGGACACUUCUCCUUUAAGAUGGCCAGCGGAGCAGCCAGUGUUGUCGGUCCCAAAAUCUGCCUGGAGGACAACAUAUUGAUGAGUGGAGUCAAGAACAACGUGGGCAGAGGAAUUAACAUCGCCCUGGUUAAUGGAAAGACAGGGGACCUCAUCAAGACAGACCACUUUGACAUGUGGGCGGGAGAUGUCAACACGCUCAUCACAUUCCUGAAGACUAUUGAAGAAGGAACAGUAGUGAUGAUGGCCACGUUUGACGAUUCGGCCUCCAAGCUGAACGACGAGUCCAAGAAGAUGAUUGGUGAACUUGGCAGUUCCAGCAUCAGCACAUUAGGCUUCAGGGACAACUGGAUCUUUGUGGGAGGCAAAGGGAUCAAGACCAAGAGUCCCUUUGAGCAGCACAUAAAGAACCAUGCUGAAACCAACAAGUACGAGGGCUGGCCCGAGGUGCUGGAGAUGGAAGGCUGCAUACCCCAAAGACAGGAGUGAUCUUUUCACUUGAUCCCUCGACCGUUCCCUUCAUAGCCGACCCCUUCACGCCUUUGGUUGCGUCUCCCAUUCUUCUCUUAAAAUAGUGUACUUGCACACUUUCCUAUGAUGGCUCUAACAAUGGUUGAACCUCCCUCCACCCAAUGCUAACACCAACGCAGCCUUGGCAUUUUAGAGACUGUCCCUCUGCGUUGCAGCUGUCAAUGUUUGCAGCAAUCGGUGUUUGACGUCAGGAAGCAUCCUUGUUUGUUUGUGUCAUGGUAUUGUCUAUAUAUAGAAAGAGGAAUGGUAUGGCAGAAAUUCCUGUUAUUGGUUAUUCAGCAGAAUGUACGAAGAUCACUGUGAAAUUUGUAAAUAGAACUACAAAAAAAAGUAUCAACUUUUGAACAUCGAUAUUGUAAUAUAACAUCUUGGAAAGCUAUAUGGCUUAAGAUCCUUGUUACUUAAGAGUGAAUUUAUAUUAUAGCUUUUUAUCUUUAGUGAUUGGUCUUUUAAAUUGUUAGUUUUUGUGUGGUUUGGGAGUGGAAUGAGUGAGGAAGCGUGUAGCUAAAGCUUGUUAGUGGGGAUUUUGACUUGUGUGCAUCUUCCUUGGAUAGAAUGAGAAUCGUUGGUUUUGGAUGGGGGUCAUGUACCUAAGUGUUUCAAAAUCUAUAAAUAUUUAGCUGGUUUUGCUGAUUUGAUAAACAAAUCACUUGGGAAUUUAUUGGCACCUUGACAGCCUUGGAAAAACCAUUCAAGAAUAGAUUGAUACAGUACAAAGAUGACUAGGUUUUGAUUUUGUGGCUAGAUCUUACUUUCCCCAGUAUCUCUGGUUUACUUUAAAGACUAACUCUGCAUCACAUCUCUUCCACUUGACUGACUUUUUUUGUUCUGAUCAUAUAAUGCAAGAACUGCCUAGGCUGAAGCUCACAGCUUUUAGCUGAGUUACUGUUGGCUUUUGCAACAUUGCAUCAUGUCCCCCCUGGAUCUUCUUCAGUGAGCGGUCUCAGUACCACUACCACUGUUCAUUAGCUGUGGUCAUAUUAUCUACAAUUCAACCCAGCUGUCAUUUUGUCACACUUGGAAUGGAGUUAGCUACAUAUAUAACAAAUAAUACAUUUGACGUUUUAUUUAAAGAAGCAAGUCAAUUAAGAACAAAUUCUUAUUUACAAUGAAGGCCUACACUGGCCAAACCCAGAUGAAGCUGGGCCAAUCGUGCGUCGCCCCAUGGGAAUACCAAUCAGGACCAGUUGUGAUACCGUCUGGAAAGGAACCAGGGUAUCUAGUGACUCCUCAAGCACUGAGAUUCAGUGCCUUAGACCGCUGCACCACUCGGGGACCCAUGGAUUGAUUCAGUGGAUUAAUUCCUGUUCUGUGUGUGAAGUUGAAUCCAUUGGGAGAUUAUUGCAUAUGCAGUUAUGUCAUGUGCUUUAACUACGGUAACACCUGGUGCUGAAAGUAGCACACGUUUCAGUGUGUAAUGUAAAACAUCUCAGCUCGGUCCCCUAGUUGGUUCAAAGGAUAACUGUCUGUUUUUGGUCAAAUGGCAGGAAUACAAUCCUGUUUCUGUUUGCUUUUAGGGCAGUACAUGUAACCUAACACAAUGUGAUUGUGGAGGCUAUUCUGAAACGUGUUCCCCCAUCCACUUGUCUAUGGAGUCAUUGCAAUGAAGGAUUUCUCCUUUUGUCUUGACAUUGGCAAGAUAUUUUAGCACAAUGAAUGACAUCCUCCACAUUGCCUUUUAAAAAAGAUCUGUGUUCUGUUUUUUGGUUUCAUUUGAAGACCUUGAGUGAAGUGAAAAGCCCAAAUCGAUACCCCAUCGAUGCCAUUCCAAAACAAGUGUGUCCUUCCUGCUCUUAAUGGAAUUCAUCCCACCAAUGUGCCUUGUCUGACUUACAAAUCCAUAGACAGUCUAUGUAAUAUUCAUUAUUUCUGCAUCUCUACUAAACUACUGAUUCGUUAGUCAUAUAUGUUGUUGUUGUUGCAAGGGAGUUAAAUGGGGAACAAUUCUGAUAAUUGUGACUCAUUUUGUUGCAAUGUCUUACAUCUGUGUUGUGAAACAUUUCAAACAACUUACCAUUCAUGAGUAUGAUUAAUAAAGCUCAACCUGUCUUCA